CCCAGCCGGACGCGGAGCCGCAUGCUGGAACGCGCCGUCUCGCCGCCGGAGGUGCUAAACUUCACACUCUGCAGCUUCUCCGCCUGUCAGGAGGGCCUCCGCUGGGCUGCCUGUCGAGAAAUAGGGCCCGUGAGCUCAUGACGAAUGCGUGGCUCCUUGUCUAUUCCACUCGCCUCCCUUUCCCGCCACCUAGCUCUUCCCUGGCUCAGCCUCAAUUUCUUGCCCCCUCUCCAAUCUUUCGAGGCCCUUCCCAGGCCCUAGAAGUCCCCUCUGGACCCCAAGCAGACCCAGGCACCUCCCACUCCCCCUCUCUGUCUUCCGCGCCUCUCGCCCUGCUUGGCUCUUGGGGCUCCUAGAAAGCAGACGUCUCGCCCUGCCAGUGAGAGAGCCAAGCUGUUGAGUAUCGAGGUGGGAUCGGAUUCUGACCUCCCUCGGGGCGAGGCCCUUGAGCGCCAGAGCCCCGGGGGCUGGCUGCUCCUCCAUCCCCUUCCUCGUCUUCGCGCUCUCCUCCGCACCCAGUCCCGGGUCAUUUCCACGCACUUUCUCUUUCCUUCCUUGUCUUCCUAAAUGCGCGAAGCCUCGGGGGCGGGGCACGCAGAGCUGGGACGCUAGAUGCCCGUGCCCCGAUUCCGCCCCCUGCCGGCGGUGCCCCGCCUCCCCCGAACCGCACGAGAAGAAAUUGGGUGCAACCGUAACUUCAGCGGAGGCCUUGGUGGCCCCCAGCAGGGGUCCCGGGACCGUGCACACUGAGGACAAGAGGCCAGGAAGGGAGGCCCAGGCGCCGAGCCAUGGGCAGUGAGUCGCUGCCGAAACCCUCCCAGCCUGGUCAAGCUCUCCGCCCCCAGCCGACACACCUCUUCUCCCCGGUCCCGCUCCCUCCCUCAAGCCUCACUCUCCCAGGCUCCCAGAUCCCUCCCUCUGCACCUCCCCGGCACCCUCCCCAUCGGCGGCCCCCUCCCGCGUCCUCCCCCUUCCCCGCUGCCGGGGCCCCGGGCCUCCGGUAGGCCGGACUGCGCCAAUCCGCGCCGCGGCCCGCCCCCUGACGCUAAGCUGGGCCCGCGAGGCCCCGCCCGCUGACGUCCGGGAUUUGCAUGAGUUCUUGUGCAGCCGCGGCCCGGGCUCAGUUGUCUGAGCGAGCGCGAGCCGGGAGCCGGAGCGGGCGCGGGCGGCGGCGGGCCAGACCGGCUGUGCGGGACGAGCGGCGGCGGCGGCAGCGCGGGCGGUGGGGGCGCCUUGGCCGGGCGGCAGCUGGGCGCCGGCGGGAGCCAGUAGCGUCUGCAGCCGCGCCGGCCACCCGCUCCCCGGCGCGCUCCGGCUCGGCCAUGGAGCUGCCAGCUGUUGGCGAGCACGUCUUCGCGGUGGAGAGCAUCGAGAAGAAGCGGAUCCGCAAGGGCAGAGUGGAGUAUCUGGUGAAAUGGAGAGGCUGGUCCCCCAAAUAUAACACGUGGGAGCCUGAAGAGAACAUCCUGGACCCCAGGCUGCUGAUCGCCUUCCAGAACAGGGAACGGCAGGAGCAGCUGAUGGGAUAUCGGAAGAGAGGGCCGAAGCCCAAGCCGCUGGUGGUGCAGGUACCUACCUUUGCUCGUCGCUCCAAUGUACUGACCGGACUCCAGGACUCCUCCACUGACAACCGUGCCAAGCUGGACCUGGGCUCGCAGGGCAAGGGCCAGGGCCACCAGUAUGAGCUCAACAGCAAGAAGCACCACCAGUACCAGCCACACAGCAAAGAGCGGGCGGGCAAGCCCCCACCGCCUGGCAAGGGUGGCAAGUACUACUACCAACUGAACAGCAAGAAGCACCACCCCUACCAGCCGGACCCCAAAAUGUACGACCUGCAGUACCAGGGUGGCCACAAGGAGGCGCCCAGCCCCACCUGCCCGGACCUGGGGGCCAAGAGCCACCCGCCGGACAAGUGGGCCCAUGGCACAGGGGCCAAGGGCUACCUGGGAGCGGUGAAGCCCCUGGCCGGUGCAGCUGGCGCUCCAAGCAAAGGCCCCGAGAAGGGCCCCCCCAAUGGAAUGACUCCGGCCCCCAAGGAGGCCGUGACAGGCAACGGCAUUGGGGGAAAGAUGAAGAUUGUCAAAAACAAGAACAAAAACGGACGCAUAGUGAUCGUGAUGAGCAAGUACAUGGAGAACGGCAUGCAGGCGGUGAAGAUCAAGUCCGGGGAGGCAGCCGAGGGUGAAACGCGCUCCCCCAGCCAUAAGAAGCGGGCUGCCGAGGAACGCCACCCCCCAGCCGACAGGACUUUUAAAAAGGCAGCAGGCACAGAGGAGAAGAAGGUGGAAGCUCCCUCCAAGAGGAGGGAGGAAGAGGCGCCCGGGGCCGGUGACCCGCAGCCCCAGGAUGCCGCCUCCCGAAAGCUCUCCCCGACCAAGGAGGCCUUUGGCGAGCAGCCCCUGCAACUCACCACCAAGCCCGACCCGCUAGCCUGGGACCCGGCCCGGAGCACCCACCCGCCUUCCCACCACCACCACCACCACCAUCACCACCACCACCACCACGCUGUCGGCCUGAACCUCUCCCACGCGCGCAAGCGCUGCCUCUCCGAGACCCACGGCGAGCGCGAGCCCUGCAAGAAACGCCUGACUGCGCGCAGCAUCAGCACCCCUACCUGCCUGGGAGGCAGCCCUGCAGCUGAGCGUCCCGCCGACGUGCCACCAGCCCCCGCCCUGCCGCAGCCGGAGGUGAUCCUGCUGGACUCGGACCUGGACGAGCCCAUAGACUUACGCUGCGUCAAGACGCGCAGUGAGGCGGGAGAACCGCCCAGCUCCCUCCACGUGAAGCCUGAGGUCUCCAUGGCGGCGGCGGCGGCGGUGGUGGCACCGGUGCCCACGACAGUGGUUGAGAAACCUCCAGCCGAGGCCCAGGACGAGCCCGCGGAACCGCUGAGCGAGUUCAAGCCCUUCUUUGGGAAUAUAAUUAUCACCGACGUCACUGCGAACUGCCUCACCGUUACGUUCAAGGAGUACGUGACGGUGUAGCUGGAGGGCAUCGUUAGGGGAAGCCCCGCCCCCGCGGGGGGCUUAGCACCUGGGGCCUCGGGGCGGGCUUUCCUCUGGCCAACCGCGGGAGAUCUGGGCUGGCCCCCGGGGUGAAGACGCCCAGAGCCCGGGAGACAACUCUCUCCGAGGGCCGCUGUCGGAUCCUGGCGGAGGCUCCCUCCACUCGGUGCCUGCGGGUCUCACGCUCACCGGUCCCUCCUCUCCCCUGUGGAACCCAGACUGACAAGGCAGCCCCGCGCGGCAGCCUCAGAGUUCUAUAGUGUUAUAUUUUAACCGUGCUAACUUGUCAAGUGCUGACUCGACCCCCUUUGUAUGUGGUGUUAUUAUUGAAAUGUAUUGUUUGAGCUCAAAAGGCCCGAUCACCUCCCCUCGGGCUGCUAUAUAUAUAUUUAUUUGUAGGUAUUUAUAUAUUGAAAUAUAAAAACCUAGAUUUAUGGAGUUUCCUCUAGAUCAUGUUAUAUUCUAUACCAGACAAACUAUUUUCUGUUGACUCCCCCUCCCUCUACAGCAUUUCGGUUGAUUUCAUUUCCUCUCCUCCCAGGAACUGCAAUACCAGUAACCUUGGUAUAUAUUUUUUGAUACUGUACACAUGGAUGUGUUGUUUCUAUGUGAAAAAAAAAAAAGUUUGUUAAAAGGCUAAACGAGCUCUCUAGAAACUGCUGCUACUAGAAAUGUCUAAACUAUAAGCUUCCAAUUAUUACCUGCUUGAAUGUAAAUAUUAAAUGAAGAUGUUGAAGGUGCA